AUGUCCAUUAUGCGGGUUGUUGCUAUCACCGGUUGUGACAGUGGUCUAGGAUGGGCUAUAGCCGCAAGGACCGCCCGUGAAGGGAUCGUCACAGUGGCCGGAAUGUACAACGGAGUUGACACCAAGGCAGCAGAAAGCUUGAAGAAGUUAAGUGCACAUCCCUAUUCGUUAGACGUGACGAACCCAGAGAGUGUUGCAAAAUUUCGUGAUUAUGUCAAAAGACUGCUAAAUGAUAACCCUAACUACAAGCUCCAUGCAAUCGUAAACAACGCUGGUGUGAUGACAAUCGGUGACUAUGAAUGGCAAACAGACUCUAUGGUUGAAAACACAAUUAAUGUCAACCUCCUUGGUACCAUGAAAGUUACUUCUGCCUUCCUUCCGGAUUUGAGGCAGAGUGCUAUACAGAACAAGGGUGCUUUAAAACCGCGUAUAAUUAACAUCGCCAGCCACUGUGGCUUGCAGCCCCUGCCUGGUUUUGCAGCCUAUAGUGCCAGUAAAGCUGGUGUGCUAGCCUUAACUAAAGCUUUAAGAAUGGAACAUCGCAAGCAUGGGUUAAGUGCUGUCGCUUUUGUACCUGGUCCACCUGCACCUCAUUCGUGUAAGAUGGAGGUGGUGUUUGGUCCAAAUUCGGUUGACGAACCGAACCUUCAAUAUAAACUACAACGUAAAAUCAAAGUGUUUAACACAACUGACCCGCUGCCAAACCGUGGGUACAACUUGGUUGCUUGUGCCAGCAAGUAUGGCAUUGUUUUUGUAGCUUCACCUGAUGGACAUCUGACAGUAUAUCACCUACAACAACUGAUUGACAAGGAGUGUGAGCCACAGCAUAUGACAGUGAAGCUACAAGAGAAGCCAACACAUAUAGCUGCUAGCUGCGACCAAGAACUGCUGGCCGUCACUGGUGGACAACUACUCUGCAUCUUUAAAGUCACCGACUUCCAAAAUCCAAAUGUAGCACCAGCCUUAACUAUAAGGUGUGAUGUAAAUCCAUCCACCUUUGUAUCAGCUUUACAAUGGAAUCCUUGCAUACCUGAUACCAUCGCCAUAGCAUUCUACGAUGGUACUCUCCUUGUAUCACAAGUCAGCACAUCUCAAGUCAAGAAAGCUGCUUCUAAAGCAAGAUGCCUCUGCUGGAGUCCAAAGGGCAAACAAUUUGUCACAGGCAACAGUGAUGGGACCCUCAGCCAGUAUAAACCUGACUUAACACCAGCUAAGACCAUUCCUGCACCCAAUUUGUUUGAGAAUGCGCCUGUGGAAGCUUUGGCAGUGUAUUGGAUCUCAACCUUUCAGUUUGCUGCGGUAUAUAAAAAUGCUACUGAUAAUAGUCGCCCUGCUGUAACGAUUAUAAACACGCCAAAAGCUGGUCAGCCCAGCUGUCAGAACUAUGAAGAUAUUUGCUAUAGUAUGGGCUCUAACAGACCUUGGUACUACUACCUGCAAGGAUUGGCGCAAUGGAAUAUUAUUACGGCGGCAUCAUCCAAUGGUAUGGAGAUAGCAACUCUUGGGUCUGCAGAUGGAACUAAUUGGGUGCAGUGGUGUCAGAUUGAUGAAGCGAGACCGGAAUUGCCUCUAACGGACAAGAAACAAGAAAACUAUCCUGUAGGCGUUUGUAUUGACUCAUGUGCUACACAUCAAAUACAGUGGGAUGAAACCACGUUAUUACCGCAUAUGCCGCUUCUACACGUCGUGUCUCAGACUGGUUUGUUAUCAGUCUUCAACAUAAUCUCUCUCAACAAGCAGGCCACGCAGGUCUGCUCGCCUCCACAACAACUUGUAUUACCUGCAGCUGCCAUGACUAGUGCCAUACCAGGAGAAGCUCCUCAAGCUGCAGCAGCGCCCGCGCCGGCCCCCGCUCCUGCCCCAGCUCCUGUGCAACCUGCGCAGCCAAAGCCCUUACUGCCCCAGCAGACACAGGUGGCGCCUCAGCCACAAUCCCAACCAGCGCCAGUACCCACCCAACCAGCUCCACAGUUCAGCAUACUCAACAUACCAAAACCGCCGAGUUACGCUCAAUCUCAGGGUCAAUUAUUUAGUACAACAGGUUCAGCUCCUGUGCAAACUAUACCAAAGCCGGCUCAAGUAGACAUAAAGCAGACACCAGCCCCUCAACCAACAGUUCAAGCAACUGCGCCACACACUCAGCCUGCAGCCCCCAAACCUCAAUUGGCGACAGCGCAAGAGAAUGCCGCGUUAAAAGCAGAACAAGACAAAUUAAACGAAAUGAAAAUCAACCAGGAAUUGAAGAAUAUGCUCGUCAAAGAAGUGAAUGACUUUCAAAUGGAACUGUAUAAGUUUAUGGUGAAAACUAAGGAGACUCAAGCUAGGUUACAACGCGAUAUUGAUUCAAUCAACGCCAGUUUUAAUUAUACUUCGCAAGACGCGGAACAAUUGAGAAAGGAAUGUUCCUCGGACGAUUUGCGCAACGCCAUCGUGCAGCUCAAAUUGGAACUGGUUCGCGCAUGCGCUGUAGUCGCUGAAGCUCGGACGCAUGCUGAAUCAAAGGACAGUUAUCAAUGGACGAAAGCGGAUCCGCUGACAAUGAAACGCGUAGCGUCUGUAAAGAAGUUGGCGUAUUACGUCCAAAAUCAACUCGAGCAAGCGCAGAAAUCACUUGACUUUAAGUGGAACGAAACUAUAUCUAACGACCCGCAAUUUAACAAGCCAGGCCAGCGCAUGAUCCGCCCAAUCCUAGAUGACGUAUACCAACCACUAGUGAAACAACAAGAGAUUCUAAGUCGCCAGCAAGCUGUACUACGAACUCUUAGAAAUACUCUUAACGAAUGUGACGUCACACCCUUAUUCAAAACCAGCUCUCUAUUGAGGAGCACGCCAUUUAGAAACAAAGAUCCCCUUUCGAAACUAACGAAGAACAUUCUUAAUAUGAGUAUUGAUGCUACUGACAGUAAGAAGAAGGAACCUUUGCUAUCCUCUCAGAAGCUAGAUGCUCUUAGAGACAUGUUGUCUAACCAUAAGACGGUGAAGAUAAAACCAGUGAAUGUUGAAGUGAGGCAACACUUGGCUACUAUGAGGAUGAAUUAUGAAAAGAGUAUGAAAGAGAAAGCUCAACCAAUUAAGACUGAAGUACCAAGUCCACAGCCUGAUGUAAAACCUCAGGUUAAGCCGGUUCAACAACAAUUAUUUGUGAUGCCUAAAGUGGAGCCCAAGUUGGAACCGAAACAAGAACCGUUCAAACCGGCGCCUCUAACCGUACCAUCGUUUACCCCGGUCGGUGGAAUGAAGCCCCCCAUCCCUGGACUUACGAACGUCGCCAGAACAUUAUUUACUGAUGAACCUAAACCAGAGCCACCUAAGCCCCAACCUCAGCCCGCGUUGCCAAAGCCAGUUGCACCAGCCUUUUCUUUCUCCAACACUCCUGCAUCAGCUGAAACGCGCAGUGUACUCAAAGACCUCCUACAGAAUAAACAAGCUAAUAAAAACGAAACUAACAACUUAUUCAUGGGACAGAAAAUAUGUUUGCCUUCUUCGUUUUCAUUGACUACAACCGCAGCAACAUCAACACCUACAUCAACACCAGCGUUCACAUCCAAACCCAUAGCUGAUAUCAACAAAUUCCCAAGCCCGUCGUUUGUACAAGACAAUAAACAGACUUCAGCUUCGCAGCCUAAAACCCAACUUUUCGCAGAGCCGAAACUACCAUCUGUAACCGCAGAACCAAAACCUUUCCCAUUAAAACCUGAACAAACUUCUAUAUUCGCUAGCCCUAAGUCAAGUGAGACUGGUGAACCAGAAACUGAUAGUAAACCAGCAGUCGUUAAAUCAUCAACUAUAAAUAAACCACUCACAAAUCUAUUUCAACUAAAACCUUCAACACCUGCACCAAGUCCAAUUGUUCCUGAUGUCAUAAAAACUACUAAAGAUGUUAAGGCUGAUGCUCCUAAACCCGCUGAGAAAGAGAAGUCUAAAGAAAACGUUCCUCAAAAUGUAGAAAAUAAAGUUGCACCAAAACCUGCUGGUGAUAACAAAGAAGCGACUAAACCAUUAACUGCGCAAGCGGGUAACAAGACUUCUAUAUUUGGAUCAGCGCCCCAAGCAGUUGUAGCAGGUACUCCCAUUACUAGUCAAAAUUCUUUCAAAGCACCAGAGAAGACUGUAUCGUCUUCAAUAUUUGGUAGCGCCAAUGUUGUGGCUCCUACAGAAUCCAAAUCUCAAACCUGUGCUGCGUCUGAACAACCAUCUUCGAAAUCGGAUACGCCAACAACAGUCUCAGGAUCUACUGAAACAAAACCUACCCUUAAUAUUAAUGCUGCUUCUUCUACACCUUCAGCUGCAUCUGUAUUUGGUGCAGCAGUGGCUUCACAACCCAAACCUACGACUCCAACAUCCAUAUUUGCAUCAGGUGCCGCACCUUCACCCACUCCUGCUUCUGUCUUUGGAACAUCUUCGCAAGGAUCAAUAUUUGGAAGUAAAUCGCCUACAUCUACAACAACUACUUCAGUAUUUGGUUCCACGGCUCAGUCAGUAUUCGGUAGCGCCAACAGCACAACCAAACCUUCGGUGUUCAGUACACCAGCACCUGCAUCGCCCGAGGCUCCGUCUUCACCUCAGGCAGUAUUUGGUUCAGCUACAGCAUCAACAACCCAAGCGGGUUCCGUAUUUGGAUCGUCCUUCACCCAAUCUCCUGUCUUCGGUUCAACUGCAACAACUUCAGCUGCACCGGCAUCGCCAUCUUCUGUCUUUGGAUCUUCAACUACACAAUCUGUAUUUGGUUCUACGCUAACCACACAAGCAUCUGCAUUUGGUGCAUCAACUACUACAACUCAAUCUGUAUUUGGAACGGCCACAGCGACUACUCAGUCUAUGUUUGGCAAUGCAGCGUCAAAUGCUACCAGUGCAUUUACAUCGACGGCUACACCGUCUUCGGGUGCACAGAGUAUAUUUGCAGCGGCAGCUAAUACAACUGCGGCGUCUGUAUUUGGAGGGCAAGGAUCUUCUGUGUUCGGUUCAGCCCCUCCAAACAAGUCUGUGUUUGGAACAACAACGACUCAAGCUUCUGUAUUCGGUGCGGCAACUGCUACUACGCAAUCAUCCGUUUUUGGAUCUCCCACGCCUACUACUCAAGCGUCCGUUUUUGGUACUACACAAACCACUCAGGCUUCUGUAUUUGGAAGUCCGCCAACAACUCAAUCAUCUGUUUUCGGAAGUGCACCAACUAGUCAGGCAUCAGUUUUCGGAAGUGCACCGACUACGCAAGCCUCGAUGUUUGGAAGUGCUCCAACUAGUCAAGGAUCUGUGUUCGGAACUACACCAACGACUCAAGCAUCGGUGUUUGGUAGCACGCCGACUACUCAAGCGUCGGUAUUCGGAAGUACACCGACAACUCAGGCGUCUGUGUUUGGCGCUCAGCCUACUACAACAGCUCAGGGCUCUCUCUUCGGUGGUGGCGAGGCCAAUUUGUUUGCAGCGGCUAGUAUAUCUACAACUAGCGCUCCUUCACAGACUAGCGGUGGCAGUAUCUUUGGAGGAGGUGCUUCCACGGGUUCUGUGUUUGGCGGCGGCGGUAAUACAAACGUUUUCGGUGGUAAGGCUGCCUUUGGCCAGGGCAAUUCCACUGCGGCUGCAAUCUUCGGCGGUGGAGGUGCAACGAGCUUCGGAGAACAAAAACCAGCAGCCAAUUUCUGGUCAGGAGGCAAUACCACAGGAGGUUUUGGAUCUACCGGCUUUGGUCAGCAAGCUACUACUCAAGCGUCGUCAAUCUUCGGCAAUACAACUGGUGGUAGCUUUAGUACACCGUCCCCAGCUGGCCAAGCAUUUGGCAGCCCUCAGGCUCCAGCAUUCGGUUCACCCCAGCAACAAGCCGCUCCUGCCUUCGGUGGAUCGUCUGGGUUUGGUGCGAAGCCCGUGUUCGGACAACCUUCCGGUUUCGGAUCGCCACCCAGUGGUGGUGGCUUUGGCUCUUCAUUCGGAGGGUUCAACAAAAGUCCUAGUGGGGGUUUCGGGGCUCCAGCCGCCUUCGGAGGUGGAGCCACUUUCGGUGGAAGUCCGGGCUUCGGAAGUACAUCGCCUGGGAAAAUGUUUGGCGCUGCACAACCUACAGGUUUUGGUCAGCCGACGCAAUCAAACGCCACGUUCGAGAGCUUAGCGACUCAGAACACAUUGACAUUCGGCAACCUGGCGCAACAGGCGCAGGCGCCUCAACCACAAGCACCCGCCUUCAAUACGUCUCCGUCCUUUACCGGUUGGCGUGGCUAAGGGCUUGACGAAAAAUUUUCUCAUAACAAAGCAACUAAUAUAAUAAUAAAUACAUUAGCUUAGUGCCAAUAUAAUUAUUCAUAAUCUAUUAAAAUGUUUUAUACCGAAAUCAUUGUAAUCGAUUGUCUGUAUUCAGUGAAUGAUAUAAUAAAACAUGUAACUA